AUGGUGCUCCAGUUCGUGCGUCGCUCUGUGCAGCAGCUGUUCAGUCACUCGGCCACAUGUGCUGCGAGCCACCGCACGACUGUCUCUGCUGCUUCUACCUGUGUCUCCAGUACCGCGUCAAGUGUCGCUCCCGCCAGUGCAUAUGCUGCAGGACGCGCGAGACCGCAGCCACAGCACAUUAAAGCAGACCCGACGGGUGUUGUGGCUGGCGUUGUGGCUGGCGUUGCGAUCGUAGGUGCCUUCGUGGGCGUCGGAAAGAUGUGGUGGGACGCGUCGUCUUUGCGUGGCGCUUCAGAGCCCGAAGCGGUGCAGACGAUCUCGCAGAAGGAGCUUGGGCUCUUUCUGGAAGAGCUCACAGCGGCUGUCAAAGAGCUGUUUAAUAAAGUGCCGGUGCUUGAGGAUGCACUGCGUGCUUACAUGAAAGAGAACGGUCAUGAGCUGAGCGACGCUGAAUUCAAGCAGGCGGUGCUAUCACAGCUGUAUCAAAUGAUGGAGGCGAUCGAAACGCAGGUUAUUGAGAAGCGCAAGUGGAAUCCUGCAAGUCUGGAGUCUGCGCUCGAGAUGUUUGCGCAGGACGCAGAGGUCUUGAGGUUGCAAGGCGAAUUGAACAAACUGAUGCAAACUGUGUUUCCUGCAUCAACGCCUGUGGAGGUCCCCGAGGACCUUACUCCUGACAGGACGUUGGUGAUUCUGAAAGUGAUGGUAGCCGGCAUGGAAAAGGCAAUGUCGGACAUGCUCGCUCAUGCGCGAGCUGAGGGUAUAAGCGAUGUCGUGGGAGCGAUGGAGGCGUUUCAGCACUUGUACAUGGAGCACGUGGAGCAGAUGACGCAGGCGCAGAUGAAGCUGCACGGCAUCUCCCAAGAGGUGUUCACGGCAGCUCUGCAGAAGCACCACACCGAAAAUGAGCAGUUCCGGGAGCAGGUAGAGCAGAUCUAUGCUCAGCAGGCGAAAGCCUUCGAGAAAAUGGGUCUGCCCAUAGAGAUGCAGUAG